GGUUAUUUUAUUUUGGCGGUGUUUUUCUUAACCUGUUUGUCGUUGUCAAAGAUAAAUUAAUGUCGUUGUUUGUUUUUGAAUAAUUGUUAAAUUUAUACGAAAAUAGGAAGUGUUAAAAUGUAAUUGUGUGUGGAUCCACUAUAUAAAACAGUAAAAAUGAGUGCAAGCGACCUUGAUAACUGUGCUAGUUUCCUAGAAAGUGACAAAGUUAAAGAACGUGGAAAUAGUUGCAUAAAGUUAAGCACACAUUUGGAAAACAAGAGUAUCGUUAAAAUACUCAGCAACAAUGGAGUAUGCAAGAUACUUAUCCGUUCCUUACAAACCUGCAUGAAAAAAGAUGCAGAUAAAAUUAUAGAAGACGAGAAGAAAAAGUCCGGACCUCCUGCUAAGUCUAUGGCACCUGAACUUUUGAAUCAACUUCUUAAUAUUGCUAUAAAGGAAGAUAUUGACAUAAAGAUUCGAGAAAUCCUUGGAUAUACACUUGGUUGCUUGAACGAUUUUAAAAUGAAAAAAUGUUAUGAAGUAGAGCUUUUGGAAAUUUUACGAAAAGUUAUACUUUCUCACCCAAAAUCUAGGGGAAAAUUAAAGCAAGAAGAAUGGAUAGAUAUAUUUAAUUUAAUAAAAAACUUAAUUGAAGAAAACAAUUACCAAUUGGUAAAUUCUAACACAAAUCAGUCUGUGAAAAAAUGGGGGCCUAUUUCUAACUGUUUCAUGCUUUUAAUUAAAUGGGGCCCUGUAUGUGGAUUAUCUCCUAAAAUUUUAAGAGAAAACUUUGAUUUUAUGACAAAAUUUUGUCAAAAAGUUACUCAAAAUUCGCCUCGAUUUAUGCAAGAAGACACUUUGGAAGUUGCUAUUAAUUUUUGUGAACACACAGCCAAAGAUAAUCGCGUUUCGUGUUGUAAAUUUGGUGAAGAUAUCAUUGUAAGUUUGACUGGUUUAUAUGAACCAAAUGAAACGCCCGUUAGAGUCAUGGAACUUUUAAUUGAGUUUUUCCUGUUGCAAACCGUAAUACACCAUCCCAAUGGUGUGACGGAAGGAGAAAGUGCUGCAUAUGCCAACAAUUGGGGUACUUGGAAAAAGGUAUUAAAAACUAUGGAUGGGCUGUUGAAAAGAGAAAUAAAUUUAUAUUUUAAACGAACACGGAAGAAUUGUUCCUUUUUUAAAAAUACCUCAUUCACAAAAUUGUUCAUUGAAGUCAGUCGACAGUUAUUUUGUUUAAAUUUGGAUGUCGUCUCCGAGGUAGAGGAGUAUAGUCAACCUUCACAAAAAAGGACGAAGCGCGAAUUAGUCACAAUUAAAAAUUAUAUAGAGUAUGUAAAGACAACUAAAAAUUGGUUAUGGGUACAUCUUGUGAAUUCAAUUAUAAAAACUUAUCCUAAUUUAAUUGAUAUUGAUGAUUACAUUUAUCUGUUACAAAUUUUAUCAUCCAUUCAAAUAGAAAGUAACGAACACGAUGUUAUUGAAUACCUUUAUAUUUGUUUAUCAACAAUGUUAAAUCUGGAAAAAACUUUGGAUAUGAGUCAGAAUCAAAACAAAAUUAAAGAAUUGUGGAAACUGAUAGGCGAUAACACUACCAAAGCUUUUGGACUGAAUCAACACAAACAUGUGACAGAAAGACUAUUAGAACAACUUAUUUCGAGAGGCAUAGUCAAUUUUGAAGAUGUUCUUCAAACAUACCAAUCCGGCUUAAUAUCAUUAUCCUUACAAACGAUAAGAACGUUUAAUUCAGGUUUAAGGUUUAUGAUUUUGAACGAUUUACAAAAAAAGGAAUGUGUCAUGAAAUGCAUUUUACCACAAAAUUGUAUAGAAUAUAAAUAUUUGUGCAGCAAAGAAACGGCGAAAUUUUUGGUUAAACUCACUUUCAAACUGUACAAAUCUGAAGAAAUCAGGGACGAUAUUGUAAAACAAAGUGAUAAAUAUGAUAAGUUAAACCGUAUAUAUUUAAAAACUCUUUUGGCUGAAGAAGCGCUGACAAUCAAGAAAACCGAAACAACAGAGGAGAUAUUUUUUAAACCUGAUACAGACGUCGAUUCUUGCGGUUUGCUUCUGAAUGUUGUUGAAGAUUUUGUAAACAGUGGUGAAGAAACUGAAGAACUACUGCUCUCCAAAGUAACUCUUUUGGCAAAUAUUUGCAGCUGGUUAAGCGAAUACAAUGUACAGCGCGAAGCAGAUCUCAAACAAUCACAGUUUAUCAUACUAUUAGAAAGUAUUAUCAACAAGGAUAUUAUCAAAAAUUUUCCAUUGGCUAAGUCAGAAAAUGAGAGGGACCUUAGACGAUUGGCUGAAUGUCUUGAUAUCAUAAACGUUCUAUUUUCUUUGAACGUCUCAAAAUGGGUAAUGGAUAAGCUUAAAGAAAGUAUUCCUCUUGAUUUUUUGCGUAAACUUUCUACAUUUCUAAAUGCACUUCAAGAAAAAGGUAAAAAAUACCUCUCAUUUUACAAUCUAAAAGUGCCUGUUACCCAAGCUUUAUCGAAUUUUGCUUGCAUUUGUGGGCGUGCAUUAAACAAAAACCAAGGAUAUUUGUUAGAAAUUUUAUCAAAACCAAGUUACAAUUAUAAUAUGGACGAUGAUUAUAUUUUGUGCACAGUUUUCCUAAAAACUCUCAAACUCUCAGAACCAUCUGUUUUACCUGAUCCAAUUCUAUAUAACAUUUUAUCCUGUAUCAAAAGCUUAGCAGAACAACGCUACCAGGAUAAAGCUGAAGAUAUUUUGGAUAUUUUAAGCGGAAUGUACCCUCAUAUUGCUGCAUCUAAAAAUAAUGAAAACAAAUCAUUUUCUGUAUGCCUUUUAAAACCAUUCUAUAACGGUGUUCAAGACAGUGGUCCCGAAACUUCCAUACGAUUGCUGGAAUGUUUCCAAGUUCUCUGCGAGUUGGAUCCUAAAAACUCUUUUUCUCGUUGGUCUGAUAGAGAAGUUAUUAAGUGUGUACCAGAAUUUUUGAAUAGCGACUACCAUGAAGUUAGACUUAAAGCCAUAGACGUUUUAGUUACUUAUUAUAAGGCUAACUCGAAUUGUAACAUAAUUACAGAUAUCCAUAGACAAGAAGAAAUAUUUGACAAAAUAUACAAUAUGAGUCUGGCAGUGUUCGAGGUUUCAGGAGAAAUUACUCAACAAAGAAGAACCGAUGAAGUAAUGUGUAGAGCAGCAAGUGUUUUACUUACAUUUGUUAACAUUAUUACUAGCUCUGAUAAUUGGAUAAAAGAUAGUUUAUAUAAUUUGCUUAAAAUAUCCUGUCUUAGGGGUAUUGAACAAAUCGAUAGGGCACUUAACAUUAUCAACAAACGAAAGUAUGGGGAAGAAGAUUUCAAUAUAUUGGAAAAAUACGUUCUUUAUUUAGUUAAAAAAUGGCUCGACGAGGGGCACAGUUUUAAUGAUUUUCCAUUUAAGCUCUUUAAGUGCGAAACGAAGUUCGACUUUUAUCGGACAUAUUUUGAAGACUGCGCAUAUUUUUUAAUUAUGAGAGAACAAGACGAUUUUAAAAAACUUUGCGAAAAACUUGAACUGACGGAAGAACAAGUUAUUGAGAAAACAUCAGCAAAAAUUCUUACAAGUGCCAUAUGCAGUGACAUCGAUAACUUUAAUUCGGAUAUUAUAAAUGAAAAUAAAAUUCUAUCCAAUUACUUGCAAAUAGUUGGAACGGUUCGGCUUAGAGAAAUGUUGAAAGACAAUUUGGAACAGGUCGUGAUCGGGAUAUUAGAAUUUUUGACGGACGAAAAAUACAUACAAUCCCAAUUAGGCGAAUCUGUCAUAUUUAUUAAUAAAUAUUUAGAAGCUAGCCAGGUCCGUCAGUGUUUCCAGUUCAUUGAGAACAUGCUUUACGAUGGCCAACCUCUAGAAUUGCUACUGACAGACAUCCAUUUGCCGAAAUUAGAAAAGAUUUUAUUUCAACUGAAACAAAAUUUUUACAAAAACAUUGUUGUCAAAGAUCAAUUGAAAUAUUUCCACAGAUACACGUUUUUCAUUAAUUUUAUAUCGGAAUACUUGAACUCAAAUAGAUUUUGGAGACAUUUUUUCAUUCGGGACGUUGUUCAUACUUUACUAAACGUGAUUGAAAUUAAUGAAAAUUGUACAAGCGUGAUUUCAGCUGCAUGUACAUUUUUGGCUUUAUUUUUGGAAAAAAUAUUACCGAAUUUAUCAGAAACUUUCAAACAUUUUCUACAUGAUACUGUGAAUUAUUUGAAGAAAUUCUAUUUCACAAGGAAAACUAUAUCUUCGAAAUGUAGAGACAUCUUAAAAUUUUUAAUAAUAACGAAUAAACAUACAUUCGAGGAGGAGAUUAAAAAACUAGACACCUUCCCUGACGUUGCCGAUUUCGGUGAUAUAAUAUUUGUUCAAAAAGAAGUCAGAUAUGGCAGUAAAGAACCCAAACUUGAAGACGAAAUCGUGCAGUUUUUGAAUAAUCAAGAUAUGGUUACCAAAGAGGAUAGCUUGAUUAACUUAAGGAAGCUUUUGGCUAGUCAGAAAGAUACAUUGUUAGAUAUGUAUGAUAAACUUCAAGAAAUUAGAGGAUUCUCUGAAGAUAGUGAGAAGAGUGUGUUACAUAGACUAGUUUGUGUGUUAUCUCAGUUAAGUUACUCAUCAAAUCAAAAGGUUAGUUUUGAAGCUGCCAGAUGCCUGGGAGAAUUGGGUCCGGCUAAUUUACAAACUGUUGUUUUACAACCCGAAAAAAUUCUGGUACAUCAAAAGCAUUCACCUAUUGAGAUUAUUAUAGGUAGUGUGAUAUCGAUGUUGUCCAAAUACAUAAUUGAUUGCGAUAUAAAUGUGUUAAAGAGAGCUAGGAGACUGUUUUAUGAAAUAUUACAUUUAAACGAAGGAAAGAAGAUUAUAAAUGCUGGUGGUGAUUUUGGCUUUGGUCCUAUAAAUAAAGAUUACAUUACCCCUUAUUAUUCCUCGCAACGUAAAGUAUCUACACAAAAUACCAUCUUAAACACAAAAUUAUUUGUGGAAAAAAUGAAAGAUAGCAAACUGUGGUGUCCGGACACCGAUAUCUCUCACAAUAGAUGGAUUACUACGUUGGUAUCAACUAUUUUGAAAACUUUUAAUGAUGCGAGUCCUUUAUCAAAUCUAAUUGAAGUUUGUGAAGUCAAGGUCGAAUUUUCCGAAUGUUUACUCCCGCUUAUAAUAGAUCUAAUAAUUUCUAAGGGCGUUAUUGGCGUUACUAGUUUGAUAACAAAACAAAUGGACUACUUUUUCACGCAACAUUGGAAGAUGACGAAACAAGAUUUUAGAGAAGAUUGCAUUGUUUUGAAUAAGAAAUCUGUCAAAUCUAUGUUAAAUAUCAUAAAUUACGUCAGACUGCAGAAGAAAGGCAAUCGUGUCAACUCCAGAUUAUCUGUUGAUGAAUUGACUGUGGAUUAUCUAAAAGUAGCUAAAGCUGCGGAGUUUUGCGCUAAUCAUUUCUCUGCUUUGUAUUAUUCGGAGCUCUGGUGCCAAGAGAUGAUUGAAAAAAUUCAAAGAGAAGACAGCACGUAUUGCGAAAAACGUUCGACCAUGAUAGACAAUAUUUACGAAAAAGCAGAUCAAGAAUUCGGAGAAACUUUGCAUAAUAUUUUGAGAAAUGCGUACAAAUCUAUUGGAGAGUUCGACGCGCUCCCUGGCUGUGGUACAUCCUUUCUUCUGCAACCAAAGUAUCGAGUGGAACACUACAAAGAACAGGCUAAGUUUGAUCAAGUCAUUCAAUUCUACGCUAACCAACCGUCUUCAUCUAAAGAACUAAUAGACAGUUUUAAAAACUACGGAUUAUAUCAGAUACCUGUGAUGUGUUCCCAAUUAGAGGAACCUGAAUAUGAGUGUCUUUGGAGACUUAGCCAUUGGUCAUUUGGAGAAAAGAAAGUGUCUUUAAGCGACGAUGCAAUAAAUUACGAGAAUUUUGAAAAAUUCAGAUUUUCUUCCCUCAGAGCGUUAAAAAAUAAAAAUAUUGGAUUGUUUGAAGAGUCAUCGAAUUCUCAAUUUAUUUGCAUUACGAAUCAUCUUAAAAAUAUCAGUUUGGAAAGCAGCCACAGUUUGUAUCCCGUUUUAACCAAAUUACAAUCUCUGAUAGAGAUGGAAGAUUUCUCUAACAGUACCAAUCCCGAGAAACUUGCUUCGUUGAUGGAAAAAUGGAAGUUGCAGGAUAAGUUAAUUAGGAAAAAUGAUUUUCAAUACGUUGAACCGAUUAUUGCUCAAAGAUUGGUUAUGUUAACUAAUUAUUUAAACAGCGGCCCAUGCAGCGGAGAUACUGUCCGAGAUUAUAUCGUUGAUUUGAGUUUGAGUUUUGCAGGCUGGGCAAAAGAUGAGGAUUAUUGCAAAGAUGGCUUGAUGAUUUUAGAAAAUUUGAAACGUAUUAGAUCUUUAAGUUCCGAUACAAAUCAUAAAAUCGACUUACUUGAUGCACAACUAUCGUGGUCUCUUAAUAAUACCGUAGUAGCAAGGCAGAUACUAAAGAGGCUAUGUAACAAUAAGUUAUACCUAAGUCCCAAGUUACACGCACUAGCUUUAAAGCUGACAGGCCAGUACAUGAGUGAAACGCACUCAGAAAAUAGAACCACAAUUAUUACUGAUUACUUCCUAGCUUCGGUCAAUAUUAUGGGUAACUUAGAAAGAAAUGAAGACGAUAUCAAAAGUGUUAUGGAUACUUACGAUAAGUUAGCUUUGUUUGCCGAUAAAGAAUACCAACAGAUUAAGGCGUACAUGAAAUCGGAUUUGUUCCAAAAGAAAAUCGCUAAUAUGGAACAAGCAAAGAAAGCCGCAGCCAGUAUUCAGAAGCAAAGAAUUAGAACCACUGACGAGAAGAAAGCAGCCGCAAUACAUGACAGAAAUAGUAACAUUGACAUUGCAGAAAUAAGGACUACAAAGCGAGAAAGCAAUCAGUUCUUGAAAAUAGCCCUAAAAUACUACUUGAUCUGUCUUAUCCAUAGUGACGAUAAAAACAUCCGAAUAUUCCAAGUCAUAGCUUUGUUUCUCGAAAAUCGAAAAAACGAGGAAAUCGCCGCAACAAUACAAGAGUUUUUGCCGAAAAUUCCAAGUUACAAAUUUAUUAUUACAUUGCCUCAAAUAAUACCUCAUCUUUCUGAAAUCGAUACAGAUUUGUUCAGUACUAAAGUCGGCGAAAUCAUACAAAGAUGCGCUUUGGAUCACCCGCAUCACACGUUGCCGCUUUUAUUAGCAUUAGCUAACGCUUACAAAGACAGAGAAUUCGAUGAAACCAAAACCAAAACGGCUAUGAAUGACGGCAGAGUUCAAACCGUCAACCAUCUGUUGGAAAAGAUAAAGAUACAGGGCCGUGCCAACCAUGUGAAAAGAUUAGAUCAGGUGUCGCGAGCGCUGAUCGAUUUGGCAUAUUACAAAAGCCCCGACGAAGACGACGACAAGAAAAAGAAGUUCGAUAUACCAAAGAAACAGAAAAUAAUGGCAAUACAUGAUUUUGAUGACGUUUUAGUGCCUACUUCGGAAUUGGCUGUGAGCAUGACCAAAGAUUAUUCUAAAAUUGUUGGCAUUUCUUCAUUCGUUCCGUCAUAUCAAAUAGUCGGAGGUGUGAAUAAGCCGAAGAAAAUUUUGUGCAGAGGCACAGAUGGUAAAUUACAUUCCCAACUGGUCAAAGGUCAUGACGAUUUGAGACAGGACGCCGUGAUGGAGCAAGUUUAUACUAUAAUGAAUAAUCUUUUGUCUUACAAGAAAUCAACGAAACACCUACGGAUUAGGACCUACAAAAUUGUGCCAUUGUCUAUGAGGAGUGGUAUUCUAAAAUGGAACGAUAACAGCAUGCCUAUUGGUGAAUAUUUAGUUGGGUCCAAAGAUAUAAAGGGGGCGCAUCAGAUUUACAGGCCCAGUGAUAAGAGUCACACAAGUUGUCGCGAAAUAUUUAAGAAAUGUGCUAGCAAAACGGCUGACUUGAAACUAAAGACCUAUAAGGAUAUUUGUAAAAGUUUCAAACCCGUGCUUCACCACUUCUUUGAAGAAUAUUUCCUUCAACCUGCUGUGUGGUACGAAAGAAGAAGGGCAUAUAUUCACAGUGUUGCCACAACUAGUAUGUGCGGUUACAUCCUUGGAAUCGGAGAUCGACAUACCAGCAACAUUUUAAUUGACAAAAUGACGGCUGAAGUUAUUCAUAUUGAUUUCGGCAUUGCAUUUGAACAAGGAAGAGUUCUACCCACUCCAGAGACAGUUCCAUUCCGAUUGACCAGAGAUAUGGUAGAUGGUAUGGGUGUCAGUGGAGUAGAAGGAACUUUCAAGAGAUCUUGCGAGAAAACGAUGGAGGUUUUACGUCAAAAUGCCCAAACAAUAAUAACUAUCUUAGAAGUGCUACUUUACGAUCCUCUGUAUGCGUGGACGGUCACAGCGGCCGAAGCGAAUAAGCGUCAAACAGAAAGUGACAGUAGUCUUAGAGCCGAAAAUAGCGAUUCAUCAGAUGAACCAACUAAUGUGUCAGCUGAACGAGCUUUGCUAAGACUUCGAGAAAAAUUACAAGGUACAGAGUUAGGUUAUCCAAGAAGCAUUGAACAUCAAGUUGGGACUUUGAUACAGCAAGCUGUCGAUCCUGAGAAUUUGUGUAAACUGUUUGUGGGCUGGCAGCCUUAUGUUUAAAAAAACCCAAUGAUAUAUUUACUUUUAUUAUAUUUAUAGUUAAUUAUAUUCUCAAAUAACUAGAUUUAUGCAAAAAGAUAUACUCCUCUUUUUCUUAAAGAGAUCUUUGCAUUUGUUGAUUUGAGGAUAUGUACUGCUAGAACCCUCGAAUUUUUACUGCAAAUUAAUUUUUUUAUAUACUAAGUUACUGUGAUAUUUAGGUUUAAGUAAGUUUUCAAUGUUAGUUGUGUAUUAUAUACAUUGUAAAAACUCUCCAAAAGUUUUUAUGUAUUUAAGUCGCCAUAAUGACGUGGAUUUCAAAGUAAGAAUAUCUAUAAUUGCAUCACUAGUUAAGCAUCUAAACGAAGCAUUCACAAAAUUGUUAUGGAAAUGUUGUUUUAGUUUGUGUUUAAGUUUUAUAUUCUAAGUGUUUAAUAGAAAUAAAUAUUUUUGAUAUUUAUAAA